CGGCGAGGAGCCCGCGCUGGGUUCUGCGGUAGGACUCCCGGGAGCCACCAUCAUGGUGAAGAGGAAGAGCUCUGAGGGCCAGGAGCAGGACGGCGGCCGCGGCAUCCCGCUGCCCAUCCAGACCUUCCUGUGGCGGCAAACCAGUGCAUUUUUGAGGCCUAAGCUGGGGAAGCAAUAUGAAGCCUCUUGUGUGUCCUUUGAGCGAGUUUUGGUAGAAAACAAACUGCAUGGCCUCUCCCCGGCCCUCUCUGAAGCCAUCCAGAGCAUUUCCCGGUGGGAGCUGGUGCAGGCUGCCCUCCCUCAUGUUCUUCACUGCACUGCAACCCUGCUGUCCAACCGCAACAAGCUAGGCCACCAGGAUAAGCUGGGUGUUGCUGAGACAAAACUCCUUCAUACGCUGCACUGGAUGCUUCUAGAGGCCCCACAGGACUGCAACAGUGAUCAGUUUGGGGGUACAGACAGAGGCUCCAGCUGGGGUGGCGGCAGCAGUGCCUUCAUACACCAGAUUGAAAACCAGGGCUCUCCAGGGCAGCCUUGCCGAAGUAGCUCCAACGAUGAGGAAGAGAGCAACAGAAGGAAGAUCUUCCAGAACUCCAUGGCUACUGUGGAGCUCUUUGUGUUUCUGUUCGCUCCUCUUGUGCACAGGAUAAAGGAAUCUGACCUCACUUUCCGGCUGGCCAGUGGGCUGGUUAUAUGGCAGCCUAUGUGGGAACACAGACAGCCAGAAGUGUCUGGCUUUACUGCGCUGGUGAAACCCAUUAGGAGCAUCAUAACAGCCAAGAGAAGCUCUCCUGCUAAAAGUCAGAGUCAGACCUGUGAAUCACCAAAUCAAGACACAAGACAGCAAGGCGAGGGCCUUCAGGUGGUCAGUGAAGCAUUGCAGUCUGACUCCAUCUCACCCAAGGCCACCAUCUCAGGCUGCCACCAGGGAAACUCCUUCGAUGGAAGCCUAUCCUCCCAAACUUCCCAGGAAAGAGGCCCAUCACAUUCAAGGGCCUCUCUUGUGAUACCACCAUGCCAGAGGUCACGCUAUGCCACCUACUUCGAUGUUGCUGUUCUCCGCUGCCUUCUCCAGCCCCACUGGUCUGAGGAAGGCACUCAGUGGUCCCUGAUGUACUAUCUACAAAGGCUGCGACACAUGCUGGAAGAGAAGCCAGAAAAGACCCCAGAACCAGAUAUUCCUCUCCUGCCAAGGCCCAGAAGUAGCUCAAUGGUGGCGGCAGCUCCCUCACUAGUGAAUACCCACAAGACCCAAGAUCUCACCAUGAAGUGUAAUGAAGAAGAAAAAUCUCUAAGCCCUGAGGCUUUUUCUAAGGUUUCAUUGACCAACCUUCGGAGAUCUGCAGUGCCGGAUCUGUCUUCAGACCUGGGCAUGAACAUUUUUAAGAAGUUCAAAAGUCGCAAAGAAGACCGAGAGAGAAAAGGCUCCAUUCCAUUUCACCACACAGGAAAGAGGCGACCUAGAAGAAUGGGUGUACCAUUCCUUCUGCAUGAAGACCACUUAGAUGUGUCACCCACCAGGAGCACAUUCUCAUUUGGAAGUUUCUCAGGGCUUGGAGAAGACAGGAGAGGCAUUGAAAAGGGAGGCUGGCAAACCACCAUCUUAGGGAAACUGACCCGGCGGGGCAGCUCAGAUGCAGCCACGGAAAUGGAAAGCCUGAGUGCCAGGCACUCCCACUCUCAUCACACUCUGGUGAGCGACCUGCCAGACCACUCCAACAGCCACGGAGAAAACACUGUCAAGGAAGUGCGAUCACAGAUCUCCACCAUCACAGUUGCAACCUUCAACACCACUCUGGCAUCCUUCAAUGUAGGCUAUGCAGACUUCUUCAGUGAGCAUAUGAGGAAGCUCUGCAGCCAGGUGCCAAUCCCAGAGAUGCCACACGAACCUCUGGCAUGCGCAAACCUGCCACGAAGCCUCACAGACUCCUGCAUUAACUACAGCUACCUGGAGGACACAGAACAUAUCGAUGGGACCAACAACUUUGUCCAUAAGAACGGCAUGCUGGAUCUUUCUGUGGUUCUGAAGGCUGUUUAUCUCGUUCUUAACCAUGACAUCAGUUCUCGAAUCUGUGAUGUGGCACUAAACAUCGUGGAGUGUUUGCUUCAACUUGGUGUAGUUCCCUGUGUAGAAAAGAAUAGGAAGAAGAGUGAAAACAAGGAAAAUGAGACUGUGGAAAAGAGACCAAGUGAGGGAACUUUCCAGUUCAAAGGCGUGUCUUCGAGUUCCACCAGUGGGUUUGGGGCCCCUUCUGCUAGUGGAGCUGGAGAUGGCGGAGCAGGAGAAGGAGGAGGUGGAGAUGGAGGAGGAGGCGGUGGAGGAGAUGGAGGAGGUGGUGGAGGAGGUGGAGGUGGCCCUUAUGAGAAGAAUGAGAAGAACCAAGAGAAGGAUGAAAGUAUACCUGUAAGCAACCAUAGGCUUGCUCUUACUAUGCUCAUCAAAAUAGUGAAGUCUUUGGGAUGUGCCUAUGGUUGUGGAGAAGGACACCGAGGGCUCUCUGGAGAUCGUCUGAGACACCAGGUAUUCCGAGAGAAUGCCCAGAGCUGCCUCACUAAGCUAUACAAGCUAGAUAAGAUGCAGUUCCGACAAACCAUGAGGGACUAUGUGAACAAGGACUCUCUCAAUAAUGUAGUGGACUUCUUGCAUGCUUUGCUAGGAUUUUGUAUGGAGCCAGUCACUGACAACAAAGCUGGAUUUGGAAAUAACUUCACCACAGUGGAUAACAAAUCCACAGCCCAAAAUGUGGAAGGCAUUAUCGUCGGUGCCAUGUUCAAGUCCCUCAUUACACGCUGUGCCUCAACCACACAUGAGCUACACAGCCCUGAGAAUCUGGGACUGUACUGUGACAUCCGCCAGCUGGUCCAGUUUAUCAAAGAAGCCCAUGGGAAUGUCUUCAGGAGAGUGGCUCUUAGCGCUCUUCUGGACAGCGCUGAAAAAUUAGCACCUGGGAAAAAGGUGGAGGAGAAUGGACAGGAGUCUAAGCCUGCAGGCGGUAAAAGGUCAGAGGCAGGAAGCAUCGCAGAUAAAGGCCAGGUAUCUUCUGCACCUGAAGAAUGCCGAAGCUUCAUGUCUGGUCGCCCCUCACAGACACCAGAGCAUGAUGAGCAAAUGCAAGGGGGCAAUCUGGGACGGAAAGAUUUCUGGCGCAAGAUGUUCAAAUCCCAAAGUGCAGCAAGUGAUACCAGCAGCCAGUCUGAGCAGGAUACUUCAGAAUGUACCACUGCCCACUCAGGGAACACCUCCGACCGGCGUGCCCGCUCACGAUCCCGCAGAAUCUCCCUGCGAAAGAAGUUGAAACUCCCCAUAGGUAAAAGAAACUGGCUGAAGCGAUCCUCCCUCUCUGGCCUGGCAGAUGGUGUAGAGGACCUCCUGGACAUUAGCUCUGUGGAUCGCCUGUCUUUCAUCAGGCAAAGCUCCAAGGUCAAGUUCACCAGUGCUGUCAAGCUUUCUGAAGGUGGGCCAGGGAGUGGGAUGGAGAAUGGCCGAGAAGAGGAGGAGAAUUUCUUCAAGCGCCUUGGUUGCCACAGUUUCGAUGACCAUGUUUCUCCCAACCAAGAUGGUGGAAAAAGCAAAAAUGUGGUGAACCUGGGAGCAAUCCGACAAGGCAUGAAACGUUUUCAGUUUCUGCUCAACUGUUGUGAGCCAGGGACAAUUCCCGAUGCAUCCAUCCUAGCUGCUGCCUUGGACCUAGAAGCCCCUGUGGUGGCCAGAGCAGCUCUGUUCCUGGAAUGUGCCCGUUUUGUUCACCGGUGCAACAGGGGCAACUGGCCAGAGUGGAUGAAAGGGCACCAUGUGAACAUCACCAAGAAAGGCCUUUCCCGGGGCAGGUCUCCCAUCGUGGGCAACAAGCGGAACCAAAAGCUGCAGUGGAACGCUGCCAAGCUCUUCUACCAGUGGGGAGAUGCAAUUGGCAUCCGAUUGAACGAGCUGUGCCAUGGAGAGAGCGAGAGCCCUGCUAACCUGCUCGGCCUUAUUUAUGAUGAGGAGACCAAGAGAAGGCUGCGAAAGGAGGAUGAGGAGGAAGACUUUUUAGAUGACAGUACUGUGAACCCCUCUAAGUGUGGCUGUCCCUUUGCCUUGAAGAUGGCAGCAUGCCAACUACUCCUGGAGAUAACCACCUUCCUGAGGGAGACCUUUUCUUGCCUGCCUAGACCUCGCACUGAGCCUCUAGUGGACUUGGAGAGCUGCAGGCUCCGUCUGGAUCCUGAGUUGGACCGGCAUAGAUAUGAGAGGAAGAUCAGCUUCGCAGGGGUUCUGGAUGAAAACGAAGACUCAAAAGAUUCUCUCCACAGCAGCAGCCACACUCUCAAAUCCGACACAGGUGCUGAGGAGAAGAAAGUUCCCAGCAGGAAGAUCAGGAUAGGAGGUUCUCGCCUGCUCCAGAUUAAAGGAACCCGCAGUUUCCAGGUGAAGAAGGGGGGUUCCUUGUCCAGCAUUCGCCGAGUCGGCAGCUUAAAGAGCAGCAAGUUAUCACGGCAGGACUCAGAGUCUGAGGCUGAGGAGCUGCAGCUGUCCCAGAGCAGGGACACUGUCACUGACCUAGAAGGGAGUCCUUGGAGUGCAAGUGAACCCAGCAUUGAGCCUGAGGGAAUGAGCAAUGCCGGUACGGAGGAAAAUUACCACAGAAACAUGUCGUGGCUUCAUGUCAUGAUCUUACUAUGCAAUCAACAAAGUUUCAUUUGUACACAUGUGGAUUACUGCCAUCCACACUGCUACCUACACCAUAGCCGUUCCUGUGCUCGAUUGGUCAGGGCCAUUAAGCUGCUGUAUGGGGACAGUGUGGACUCCCUGCGUGAGAGCAACAACAUCAGCAAUGUGGCUUUGAGGGGCAAGAAACAGAAAGAGUGCUCAGAUAAGUCGUGCCUGAGGACACCUUCCCUGAAGAAGAGAGUUUCAGAUGUCAAUCUGGAAGGGAAGAAGGACUCCGGAAUGCUGAAGUAUAUCAGGCUUCAGGUGAUGAGCUUGUCACCUGCUCCCUUAUCGCUACUAAUCAAGGCAGCGCCAAUUCUGACAGAGGAGAUGUAUGGAGAUAUCCAGCCUGCUGCCUGGGAACUUCUUCUCAGCAUGGAUGAGCACAUGGCAGGGGCAGCAGCCGCCAUGUUCCUGCUGUGUGCGGUGAAGGUCCCUGAAGCUGUGUCAGACAUGUUGAUGUCCGAGUUCCACCAUGCAGAAACCGUACAGAGGCUGAAUGCAGUCCUCAAGUUCCACACACUCUGGAGGUUUCGCUAUCAGGUCUGGCCAAGAAUGGAGGAGGGAGCACAGCAGAUUUUUAAGAUCCCGCCUCCCAGCAUAAACUUCACCCUGCCCUCACCAGUACUUGGAAUGCCAUCUGUCCCAAUGUUUGACCCUCCGUGGGUCCCUCAGUGCAGCGGGAGUGUCCAGGACCCCAUUAACGAAGACCAAUCUAAAUCCUUCUCUGCCCGGGCUGUGUCCCGCUCUCAUCAGAGGGCAGAACACAUCUUAAAGAACUUGCAGCAGGAAGAAGAGAAGAAACGUCUUGGUCGAGAGGCGAGCCUUAUCACCGCCAUUCCCAUCACCCAAGAGGCCUGCUAUGAGCCCACAUGCACACCCAACUCAGAGCCUGAGGAAGAAGUAGAAGAAGUCGCCAAUCUGACAUCGCGACGGCUGUCUGUGAGUCCAUCCUGUACCUCCAGCACAUCCCACAGGAACUACUCCUUCCGCAGAGGGUCAGUCUGGUCCGUACGUUCAGCAGUCAGUGCUGAAGAUGAAGAACACACCACUGAACACACACCAAACCACCAUGUGCCUCAGCCUCCACAAGCAGUAUUCCCAGCAUGCAUCUGUGCAGCGGUCCUUCCCAUUGUUCAUUUAAUGGAGGAUGGAGAGGUGCGAGAAGAUGGAGUGGCAGUCAGUGCUGUGGCCCAGCAAGUAUUGUGGAACUGUCUAAUCGAAGAUCCAUCAACGGUUCUUCGACAUUUUCUGGAAAAAUUGACCAUCAGCAAUAGACAAGAUGAGCUAAUGUACAUGCUACGCAAACUUCUCUUAAAUAUUGGAGACUUUCCAGCUCAGACAUCACACAUCCUGUUCAACUACUUGGUGGGACUCAUCAUGUACUUUGUGAGGACCCCGUGUGAGUGGGGGAUGGACGCCAUCUCUGCCACACUGACCUUCCUGUGGGAGGUGGUUGGGUACGUGGAGGGCCUCUUCUUCAAGGACCUCAAGCAGACAAUGAAGAAGGAACAGUGUGAAGUGAAGCUGCUGGUCACUGCUUCCAUGCCAGGUACCAAAACUUUGGUGGUUCAUGGUCAGAAUGAAUGUGACAUUCCAACCCAGUUACCAGUCCAUGAAGACACUCAGUUUGAAGCCCUGCUGAAGGAGUGUCUGGAGUUUUUCAACAUCCCAGAAUCCCAGUCAACACACUACUUCCUCAUGGAUAAACGAUGGAACCUUAUCCAUUACAACAAGACCUAUGUUCGGGACAUUUAUCCUUUCCGGAGGUCCGUAUCUCCGCAGCUGAACCUUGUACAUAUGCAUCCAGAAAGGGGGCAGGAGCUCAUUCAGAAACAGGUGUUCACCAGGAAGCUGGAGGAAGUGGGGCGGGUGUUGUUUCUCAUCUCGCUAACCCAGAAGAUUCCCACAGCCCACAAGCAGUCACACGUCUCCAUGCUUCAGGAGGACCUUCUUCGACUGCCUUCCUUCCCUCGGAGUGCAAUAGAUGCUGAGUUUUCUCUCUUCAGUGACCCUCAAGCUGGGAAGGAACUGUUUGGCCUUGACACCCUUCAGAAAAGCCUGUGGAUCCAGCUCCUGGAGGAAAUGUUCCUGGGCAUGCCGAGCGAGUUUCCCUGGGGAGACGAGAUCAUGCUUUUUCUCAAUGUGUUUAAUGGGGCUCUGAUUCUCCACCCCGAAGACAGCGCUCUCCUCAGGCAGUAUGCGGCCACUGUCAUCAAUACGGCUGUGCACUUCAAUCACCUCUUCUCGCUCAGUGGCUACCAGUGGAUUCUCCCCACAAUGCUGCAGGUGUAUUCUGACUAUGAGAGCAAUCCCCAACUGCGUCGAGCCAUCGAAUUUGCCUGCCACCAGUUCUACAUUCUCCACAGAAAGCCCUUUGUGCUCCAGCUGUUUGCUAGUGUGGCCCCUCUCCUGGAGUUUCCGGAUGCUGCCAAUACUGGAUCCAGCAAAGGUGUGUCGGCCCAGUGUCUGUUUGACUUGCUUCAGUCCCUGGAGGGAGAAACCACUGAUAUUUUGGACAUCUUAGAGCUGGUUAAGGCUGAGAAGCCUCUUAAGUCACUAGAUUUCUGCUAUGGAAACGAAGACCUGACAUUCUCCAUCAGUGAAGCCAUCAAGCUCUGUGUCACUGUGGUGGCUUAUGCUCCUGAGUCAUUCAGAAGCCUGCAGAUGCUCAUGGUCUUGGAGGCAUUAGUUCCAUGUUACCUACAGAAGAUGAAGAGGCAGACUUCACAGGUAGAAACUGUGCCUGCUGCCCGAGAGGAGAUUGCUGCCACAGCUGCUCUGGCCACAUCCCUACAAGCCCUUUUGUACAGUGUGGAGGUCCUCACCAGGCCAAUGACAGCUCCACAGAUGAGCAGGAGCGAUCAAGGUCACAAAGGAACAACCACAGCCAAUCAUACCAUGUCAUCCGGAGUGAACACCAGGUACCAGGAGCAAGGAGCCAAGCUUCACUUUAUCAGGGAAAACCUUCACUUACUGGAGGAGGGGCAAGGCCUUCCCAGAGAAGAGCUAGAUGAACGAAUUGCCCGAGAAGAAUUCAGAAGGCCCAGGGAGUCUCUGCUGAAUAUUUGCACAGAAUUCUAUAAGCAUUGUGGGCCAAGGCUGAAGAUCUUGCAAAAUCUGGCUGGGGAACCCCGGGUCACUGCCCUGGAGCUGCUGGAUGUAAAGUCCCACAUGAGGCUGGCAGAAAUUGCACACUCCCUUCUGAAGUUAGCACCAUAUGACACCCAGACAAUGGAGAGCAGAGGCCUUCGGCGCUACAUCAUGGAGAUGCUACCUAUUACCGACUGGUCAGCAGAAGCAGUGAGGCCAGCCCUUAUCCUCAUUCUAAAGAGACUGGAUAGAAUGUUCAACAAAAUCCAUAAGAUGCCUACCUUGAGGCGACAGGUUGAGUGGGAGCCUGCCAGCAGUUUGAUUGAAGGGGUUUGUUUGACACUUCAGAGGCAGCCAAUCAUAUCCUUCCUGCCUCACCUUAGGUCACUGAUCAAUGUCUGUGUCAAUCUGGUGAUGGGAGUGGUAGGACCUUCCAGUGUUGCUGAUGGAUUACCCCUUCUUCAUCUCAGCCCUUAUCUCUCACCACCUCUGCCCUUCAGCACAGCUGUUGUCCGGCUUGUAGCAUUGCAGAUACAGGCUUUAAAAGAAGAUUUCCCUUUAAGCCAUGUGAUCUCCCCAUUCACCAAUCAAGAGAGAAGGGAGGGGAUGCUUUUAAAUCUGCUCAUCCCAUUUGUGCUCACAGUAGGAUCUGGAAGCAAAGAUAGCCCAUGGCUGGAGCAGCCCGAGGUACAGCUCCUGCUGCAGACUGUCAUUAAUGUGCUUCUGCCUCCUCGGAUCAUCAGCACAUCUAGGAGCAAGAACUUCAUGCUCGAGAGCUCCCCAGCCCACUGCUCCACCCCUGGGGAUGCAGGCAAAGACUUGCGCAAAGAAGGGCUGGCUGAGUCCACCAGCCAGGCAGCGUACUUAGCCCUGAAGGUUAUUCUGGUCUGCUUCGAGAGACAGCUGGGAAGCCAGUGGUACUGGCUGAGUCUGCAGGUGAAGGAGAUGGCUCUACGGAAGGUGGGAGGCCUAGCCCUGUGGGACUUCCUUGACUUCAUCGUGCGCACCCGGAUACCCAUCUUCGUUCUCUUGCGCCCUUUCAUCCAAUGCAAGCUACUGGCCCAACCAGCCGAGAACCAUGAAGAACUUACUGCCCGGCAACAUAUUGCUGACCAGCUAGAGCGGCGCUUCAUCCCUCGCCCUUUAUGUAAAAGCUCGCUCAUUGCAGAGUUCAAUAGUGAACUGAAAAUUCUGAAAGAGGCAGUCCACAGUGGGUCAGCCUACCAAGGAAAGACAUCCAUCAGUACUGUGGGCACGUCCACCUCUGCCUACCGCCUGAGCCUGGCCACCAUGUCCCGCUCCAACACAGGCACAGGCACUGUCUGGGAACAGGACAGCGAACCAUCCCAACAGGCUUCUCAAGACACCCUGAGUCGGACUGACGAGGAGGAUGAGGAGAAUGACUCUGUGAGCAUGCCCAGUGUGGUAAGUGAACAGGAAGCUUGUCUCCUGAGUGCCCUCGGAAGGAGGCGGUUCUCCAGCCAUGUCUCCAGCGUGUCUGCACCUCAGGCUGAGGUGGGCAUGUUACCCAGCCAAAGUGAACCUAAUGUCCUCGAUGACUCCCAGGGCCUGGCCGCUGAGGGCAGCCUCUCUAGGGUGGCAAGUGUACAGAGUGAACCUGGCCAGCAGAACCUCCUCCUGCAGCAGCCACUGGGGAGGAAAAGGGGCCUGAGGCAGCUAAGACGCCCACUCCUGUCAAGGCAGAAGACUCAAACUGAACCCAGAAACCGCCACGGGGCUCGACUGUCUACCACUCGCAGGAGCAUUCAACCUAAAACAAAGCCAUCUGUUGACCAGAAGCGAUCUGUGACCUUCAUUGAGGCUCAGCCAGAGUCAACAGCUGCCCCAACAGACAUACUUCCUGGCACAGGCCAACCACAGGGCUGCAGCCCAGGCUCAUCUAGGAAGCCAGAAGGAAUUGACAAACCAGUGCUCACAUCCUCUCCUGCCAUUGUUGUUGCAGAUCUUCAUAGCGUGUCUCCCAAGCAGAGUGAACCCCUUCUUGCUGAGGAAGGAGAAAAAAAGGAGGACCCAGAAGUCCAAGGUGCUGCAGCACACAGCCCCCUCUCCACUCAACUCUCAGACCCUGAUGACUUCACUGGCCUCGAGACAUCCAGCCUCCUGCAGCAUGGAGACACUGUCCUUCACAUCAGUGAGGAAAAUGGCAUGGAGAACCCCCUGCUGUCCACUCAGUUCACUUUCACACCCCCUGAGCCAGGGCAGAAAGACGCGGCACUAGAUGAGUCUCAUGUUUAGCUCUGUGUCAGAGGAGCAGGGCACAGAAGACUGCUAACA